AUGCCGCCACGGUUCCUCAUCGCCGAGGCAGGGCUUGAGCACAGAUUGCGGCCCGCGCGGGGACCGGAAGUGGGCGGGGCGGCCCGCGGGGACGGCCGGAAGUGGGCGGGGCCGGCAGGCGGAGGCGUGCCCGCGGGCGCGGCUUGGGGGCGGUGGCAGCUAGUCCGCCGCUGCGGGGCGCGCGAGGAUUCUCAGGAGCAGCGGGCCGAGUUGGUGGUUAGCAAGCCAGGUACUCGGGCGGGGAUGGAGAGCCCGGCGGAGUGCGGACCCCCGGCCCCGCCAGCCGAGCUGGAGCAACCCGUCGGAGGCGCCCUGGGCGGGACUCCCGAAUUGCGCGCGGGCGCCCGCGGCCGUCUCAGGGAGCCGGGGUACGUGGAUACCGACCCCUCAGACCCGGCGGACGGCAUCCCGAGCGCGCCCCUCGGGAGGCGGCCCCGCGGGGGCCCCGCGGAGGAAGGCGGGAGGCCCGAGGCGCCGAGUGAUGCGCCCCUUGGGCCGCGGCCGGGCCGCCCGGCGCCCCGGGACCCGGCGGCGGGAGGCUCACCGCAGCUGCGGCGCGGCCCGGGGGGCGCGGACGGCGGGACCGAGGAGGAGAGCGCGGGCGCGCUGACGCUGGACCCUCUGGAGCACGCGUGGAUGCUGUCGGCCGCCGACGGUCGUUGGGACAGCCUGGAGGGGCUGCUGGCCUGUGAGCCCGGCCUGCUGGCCAAGCGCGACUUCAUCACCGGCUUUACCUGCCUGCACUGGGCGGCCAAGCACGGCCGGCAGGAGCUGCUGGCCCUGCUAGUGCGCUUCGCGGGCCAGCACCGGCUGCCGGUGAACAUCAACGCGCGCACGAGCUGUGGCUACACCGCACUGCACUUGGCGGCCAUGCACGGGCACGUGGAGGUGGUGAAGCUGCUGGUCGGGGCCUACGACGCGGACGUAGACGUGCGCGACUACAGCGGCAGGAAGGCCUCGCAGUACCUGAGCCCGAGUACCGCCGAGGAGAUCCGGACCCUGGUGGGCGCCCUGGACGAGGACGAUGGCGAGAGCAACGUGGGCAGCGGGGGAGGGCGCUGGAGGCUCUCGAAGGUGCUGCCAUCGCACCUCAUCUCCGGCAGGCACUCCCACGCCCUGGAGGACAGCGGGGACCAUCACCACCACCACCACCACCACCACCACCACCUGGCUGAGGGACCGGCUGCGGGCAAAGCAAAGGAGCCAAGUCGCAAAGCCUCAGGCAGCACUAGUGGGCGGAUGAAGCCCAGACUUAACAAAAUCCGUUUCCGAACCCAGAUCAUCCACACCACACCCUCUUUCAGAGACCCGGAGCAGCCCCUGGAGGAAGGGGAAGACAUAGAGGAGGACCGGUCUCUCAAAGGCCACUCAUCCUCAUUCAAAUUGAGACCCAAGUCCAAUGUAUUUGGGUAAAAAGAAUUUCUUUUAGAAAAUUUUAAGGCGUGUUUGUCGUCAGGAAUAGGAUACCGGGUAUAGACAAGGAAUUGAGAUCAGAAAAGUCUUAGGCUUAACGCUGCAUUCUUACUUGGGUUAGAAAAGAUGGGCAGGAAUUUUCCUUAGCAGUGGGACUGCGGUGGAUUUCCAAGUGAUUCCUCAAACCUUGACACCAGCGUCUUCUCCCAUACCACCCCUCUCUCCUGGAGUCCCUGUUUCUGAGGACUAGAAAUGCAUCUAAGUCAAGGGCACAGAAUGGAUUGAGGGUUCCUUUGAUUUAAACAUUGCUGGAUACCUUGCAAAGUAAGGAGUAUUGCGCUUCUCUGUAACUGUUUUUUAAAAUGGUUACUUUUCCAAGAGCAACAAGAAAUGCAAAUUGUAAUGAAACUGAUAGUAUUUGUGUGUACAAAACUACAUACUGCCCUGUGUUUUUACUAAUUGCGUUUGUCUUUGAGAUACUACUGAAGGUCAGGUACGAGUUGAAAUGCACAAAUACUAAUUAGAGAAUAAUGUGAAUACAGUUAGGAAUCCUGUUGGUACGCUGCUUGUGUUGUAAAUAGCGCUCCAUUCUUUUUCAAAAGCAAGUUCAGCUUUAAUCACUGAACUAAAGAAACAGUCAACAUUUUUUUUGAGUUAAUCUGUUGUGCGGUUUCCUCUUAACUCUAAUACCACUGCACUCAGUAUUAAGGUACAUUAUUAAUAACUACACACGUUUUUAUUUAAAGAAAACACUUUUAACAACCUAUGGUACUUUUAAGUAAAUAUUGCCUCUGGUUCUAAUUCUCACUAACUUGUUUUGCUCUUCUAAAAGUCUAAAUUUUUCGUCUGAGUUUUUAUUCUGGGGAUCAUAUAACCCCAGUCUCUACUUGACCCUAUUUGAAGGUGCUUAGUGUUGAAUUGCCUACAGAAACCGUUUCUAAUUUAGAUGGCUAGCAAAAAUUGGCAUAAAUGUUAGUCUAUGCUUCUAUGAAGUAAUUAUCCAGUCAACUAAAUGAUUCUCAUGUAAGGUACACCUUUUAUUUUACUAAUAAAAUGCGUUCAUGGUUUCUAUACUUUGUAGAAGUGUUUUGCAAAUGUUUAAAAUAAUGAAUCCUUGGAGUUCCUGCCGUGGCAUGGCACAGUGUGUUAUGAAUCCAACUGCAGUAGCUCUGGUCCCUGCAGAGGUACAGGUUCCAUCCCCUGCCUGGCGCAGUGGGUUAAAGGAUCCUGAAUUGUGGCAGCUGCGGCUCAAUUCAAUCCCUGGCCCGGGAACUUAACUUGUGCUACAGGUCUGGCCAUAAAAAAGAAAAAGAAAAGAAAAUACUGACUCCUUUCAGUUUUCCAGCAUCUCCUUGAAUCUAUUCAAGACAUAGAGUGAAGUCAUUGAAAAGCUGGAUAGUAAAUCUAUCCAGUUCAUAGCACUUUAUAAAAAAAAAGAGGUGAGUCUAUUUCUAUAUUUAAAUGCUACUGGCUAUUGAAUCCCUUCAUAUAUAAAUGAAAAAAUAUCGGUCAUUAAAAUUAAAGACUUGUUUAAGUGUGUUUCCUAAUUAUAUUUCACUCAAAUAUGUUAGGGUAAAUAUCUUUAGAGUUAUUAAAGAUAUUAAUUUUAACUCACAAGCACAUUAAAUUUGCUUGUCACAAGAUUCAAAACAACUUGUGGGACACCGGUUCCAAAAGUCCUUAUCCCUUCGUAUUUUUGGCUUCAUAGUUGCAGAAACAGACAUCCUGUAGCCUAAAGAGACCAUGGAGUGAUGUAACAGUUGUGAAGAAUGAAUGAACCAGAAUGAAUGAACCAGUACAUGAAUUGCACAGAGCUGCAGUGUUUAGAGAAUUCUUAAAUCUUUAAUUCACCAAGUCAGAGAAAUUUGUAACACAUUUGUCACACCUCUAGAGAACAUUUAACUAUGUUUAAAGACUGAUGAAAAGCAGUCAGGUAAAACAGAUAAACUAUUGCCCAUUUUUGUGUCCUUUUGUUUUAGGAUUGUGGAAGUGGGCUCUGUACGUUUGAGAAGCACUUUUUUUUAAUCCACACAUGUGGGUGAAAACAAUCUAAUUUUGUAUAAAUUAAAAAUCAAUUCCUUGGAGGUGAAAAGUAAUCAUUUGUUCUAAAUCAUAUACAUGUUAUCUGCAUCUAGUGCAGAAUAUAACUUCUCACUGAGGAGUCUUACAUUUCGUGGACUUAACGAAGCUGAAGUGAACCAUGAAAACCCUUCAGAACCACCAGCAUUAGUCUCCUAAAUGUGUGUACUAGUAACUAAUUGCACAAAAUCUAUAAUGUGGUCAAUCUUUAAAGACUGAGUCAGUAUUUCACUUGCUUUUCACACUAAAGAUUUUAACUUUUCUGAUAAAAUAUACUUUAAAACUUCAAAAAUCACUCCUGAUGGAGAACUACUAGCAUUUCUUGUCACAAUGUGCUUGUGUACAUUCGAUAAGUUUGGCUUUUUCUGCUACUUAACCCUCCAUUCCUCUUAUUUUUCAGUUUCCAAAUUGAGAUUAUAAAAAGCAAAUAUUGUGUGUAACUUGACAUUUGUGGAGCUGUGCCUACGAUGAAUGGAAAUAAUACACAUCAGUUACUCAGAUGCCUGUUGAUGUGACACCGUGGUUUUCUCACAGGUGCCCUGGAAACUAAGGAAUUUGUCAGCACUUUCUUAACUUUUAUGGUGUAUAAAGUACAGCUAGCUUAUAAAACUUGAAACUCUGGUACUAUUUUAUUCAUGCCUGAAAUCUUGGAGUCCAGGAUGCCUUCUCUCUUAUUUUUCAAACAAGUGAAACUUUGGGAUUUUAGAAUGUAAAAUUUGUCAAGUUUGUUUUGUCAAAAUAAAAGGUCACACUAGAUUUUUCCUGUGAAUUGCCUCAAUCUCUAUAGUCCUUUAUAUUUUAACCUGGAAGGGGUUUUACAUUUCACACAGUGCUUUUUGAAGUGUCCAUCUAUUUUGAUCCCUUUCUAUCCCUUAACACCCCUUGGCUGGAUAGCCCCAAUUUACAGAUAGGAAAUGAAGGUUAAUGCAGUUCAAGGUCACACAAAUGGCAGUAAGAUCUCAAGAUUCAGUGCUUUUCCACAACAUUGUCUUUUCUGCACUUUGAAUUGCCAAAUUCUGGCAAAGCUACUGUAGUGGUGCAUCCGAGGUGGAGGAACUAGCUUUGGGGAGGUUCCUCUCCCACUACAUUAAAAAAAAAAAAAAAGCUCUGUUUGCAUGCAUAAACCCUCCCUUCCCCGGCUGGAGCUUAAGAAAGACGGGAAUGCCUUUUUCCAUUUUCUUCUGUAGCUGUCAAGUGUUGGACAUCAAUGAAUUCCUUUCCUCCUCAAGCCUGCUUUUGAUACUUGUCUUAACAAAUUCAGAUGGCAAAGCGACACGGGAACCCCCGAGGUGACUGUCCUCCACUGCUUCCUCAAGGAAGACCCGCCAGGACUCCUGCCCAGCCUUUUGUUGUUGCUGUUGAUUUACAACUUCUAACAAUAACUAAAUCGAGGUUCUGUUUCCGGAAUGACUUGUUAGAAGGAUGUAUCUCAAGAGGAUUCAUCAAGGAAUCCACUUGAAGGUAUCUUAGUAAUUUUUCCUAGUGAAAGAACAUUUUUUGUUUUGCGAAACAGAUGGUGUUUUUAGACUUUCUUAUAAGUUAAUCCUAAAAGCAGGUUCUCUGGGAAUUUGCUGCAAACUAUUGUUCUUUCAAUGAUGAGUCGGUUUUCAUGAGAUACUGGUAGAGGGCUUGAUGAUGAACUUGUUUUUCCAGACAUGGCAGUAGUGUUGAUUUGGUGAUGGCCACUCUCCGAUUUUUUUCCUCUGAAGAACAGUGCUUUCAUGUUACCAAACCUUUUUCUCCUUAAUCUUCUCUUUAAAUGUCCGUUUUAAAAAAUAAAAAUAAUUAAAAAUUGAUGCCAA